UACAUAUUUAAAUUAUGAAUAUGUUUUAUAAUAUCUAUUUUAAGAAUGCAAUUUAAUUUACGAACAGCAUUCAUCUCUGAGGACCCCGCUGACGAAAGAGCCACAACAUUCAAGAUGGCGGCGGUGGCGAGUUCCCUCGUUUCUUACUGCAGCGACUCAGAUUCGGAAAACGAGUCCGAAUCCGGUAAAGGACCACAGACGGUUGAUCCAGACGCGGUAUCCCAUCUUCAGCCGUUAAAACCCGGCACUCUAACGGCGCUAGCCGCUCUGAAUCCCGCGCCUGAAGUCGCCGUGAAGGAAGAUGUUGAGACCGGGGUUCAUCUGGAUCCAGCGCUCAAAGAAGUCACUUACAACCCUUCGUAUGAAACCAUGUUUGCUCCAGAGUUUGGACCAUCAAACCCGUUCAGAUCGAAGCAGAUGUCCGCUCCGAGAAACAUGCUGUCCGGUUACGCCGAACCUGCUCACGUCAACGACUUCAUGUUUGAGCAGCAGAGGAGAACGUUCUCCACCUUCGGAUACGCUCUGGACCCGUCUGUGGACACCAGUCAGGUCUCGUCCAGCAGCUACAUCGGAGCCGUGGAGGAAGCAGAGAAGAACAAAGGGCUGAUGGCGUUUGAGACGGGAGUGAAGAAGUCCGAGAAGAGGAAGAAGGUGAAAGGAGGAGACGCAUCAGACAUCGAGAGCUUCCUCGGACCCUGGGCCAAAUACCAGGAUGAGAGAGACGUGGCCAAACCCUCUGAGGAUGAGAAGAAAGAGCUGGACGAGAUCCUAGCCAAGAGACAGAAGCGAGGCAAGAAUGAAGAAGAGGCUCCAGCGGAGGAGAAGACCAUCCUGCACGUCAAAGAUGCGUACGAUUACCAGGGCCGCUCUUACCUGCACGUUCCUCAGGACGUGGGCAUCAACCUGCGCUCAGCAGACGUCCCGGAGAAAUGCUACCUUCCCAAGAAACAGCUGCACGUCUGGACCGGACACACCAAGGGGGUCAGCGCCAUCCGUCUGUUCCCGCUGUCUGCUCAUCUCCUGCUCUCCUGCUCCAUGGACUGUAAGAUCAAGCUGUGGGAGGUUUAUAAUGACAGAAGAUGUGUGCGCACGUUCAUCGGUCACAGUAAAGCCGUGCGUGACGUGUGCUUCAACAACACUGGCACACAGUUCCUGAGCGCCGCCUACGACAGAUAUCUGAAGCUCUGGGACUCGGAGACGGGUCAGUGCAUCUCACGCUUCACCAACAGGAAGGUUCCCUACUGCGUCAAGUUCAACCCGGACGAGGACAAACAACAGCUGUUUGUAGCCGGGAUGUCCGACAAGAAGAUCGUCCAGUGGGACAUCCGCUCCGGUGAGGUGGUUCAGGAGUACGACAGACACCUCGGUGCAGUCAACACCAUCACUUUCGUGGACGAGAACCGCCGCUUCGUCAGCACCUCGGACGACAAGAGUCUGCGCGUCUGGGAGUGGGAUAUUCCUGUGGACUUCAAGUACAUCGCUGAGCCCAGUAUGCACUCGAUGCCUGCGGUCACACUGUCGCCCAACGGGAAGUGGCUGGCGUGUCAGUCCAUGGACAAUCAGAUCCUGAUCUUCGGAGCGCAGAACAGAUUCCGGCUCAACAAGAAGAAGAUCUUCAAGGGUCACAUGGUGGCGGGAUACGCCUGUCAGGUGGACUUCUCUCCGGACAUGAGUUACGUGGUUUCCGGCGACGCUGACGGGAAGCUGAAUAUCUGGGACUGGAAGACGACGAAGCUGUAUCACCGGAUCAAGGCUCAUGAUAAGGUGUGCAUCAGUGCGCUCUGGCAUCCUCACGAGACGUCCAAGGUGAUCACCUGCGGCUGGGACGGACAGAUCAAGCUCUGGGACUGAGACUGAGCUUUUAACACUGAUGGCAGAGUAAUAAUGGGCUGGCAUCCAGUCCCACACACACACCAGAGACUCGCAGCUCAUGCUUCUUGUUUUAUAAUGAAUGAAUCUGUAUCUCCAGUGUCUUACAUUUGUCUCUUUUUGAGGAUAAUAAAUGCAUCUCGUUUA